AUGAUACCACUAGAUGCGCCGUCUUCCAUAGCGCUCUCCCUGUCCCCGCGUCUCCUCUCGGGGCCUCACUUGCAGCACCGCGCCUCACACGUGCGACUCCAGAGGCGCGCGCGCGGGCCCGGCUCCGGGCCACGCGGUCCGCGCGGGCCACGCGGGCCAGGCGGGCCACGCGGGCCACGCGCGCCAUGCCGCCGACAGGUCGGGCGACGAGGUGCGCGUGUGGCGCGCCGCCCAGCCGUCCUUGUCGAAGUCCUUGGUGCCGCCCACGGUGUGGCGCCGCUUGAUGCCGCGCUCGGGCAUGCCGUUCUUGCGCUUGAGCUUGGUGGAGCGCCAGGCGCCGGCCUCGCGCCGCCGCACCACGUUCCACUCGCCCUUCUCCAGCUUGCUGAGGCGCUCGCCCUUGCCCGGCGCCUCCGCCCGCUCGUGGCCGCCGUUGUAGGCGAGCAGCGCGCGCUCGAGCGGCAUCUUGUCGUUGUCGGGCAGCGUGCCGCCGCUGGACGCCUGCGAGCGUGUGUCGACGUCCUUGUCGUCGUCGCGGCGGUCGCGGCGCUCGUCGCGCGAAGGCUUCUUGGGCCCGCCGCAGUUCUCUUUCUCCGAGUCGUCGGUGUCGGGGCGGGCGGGGGCGGUCGCGUGGGCGGGCGCCGGCGCGUGGGCGGCGCGCGGCCAGCGCGAGUCGGGCUCGUCGGAGGAGGAGGAGGCGGAGCGCAGCCAGGCCGCCUUGAGCUGGUCGGCGCGGGGCCGCGCGGAGCCCGCGUCGGAGGGCGACGAGCUGCGCUUGCCCUCGUCCUCGUCCUGGCACUCGUCGGCGUAGGGGAUGCUGCCGUCGUCCAGUGGCGACGAGUUGUUGAGCGUGCGCAGCUUCUGGUCGAACGUGCUCGUCAGGGAGGUGACCAGGUCGCCCGCGCCUGCGGCAGAGGGCGGGGU